AUGGGCCCAAAGAUGCCCAACACAGAAACAGAAAAUAUGAAAAUAUUAGUCACCGGCUCUACUGGUUACUUAGGCGCACGACUCUGCCACGUUCUCCUCCGUCGUGGCCACUCCGUACGUGCAUUGGUCCGCCGCACCAGCGAUCUCUCUGACUUACCUCCAGAAGUUGAGCUCGCCUAUGGAGACGUAACGGAUUACCGUUCUCUAACGGAUGCUUGCUCCGGUUGCGAUAUCGUUUUCCACGCCGCAGCUUUAGUUGAGCCUUGGCUUCCUGACCCAUCUCGAUUCAUCUCAGUCAACGUUGGUGGACUGAAGAAUGUCUUGGAAGCUGUAAAGGAGACGAAGACCGUGCAGAAGAUUAUCUACACUUCUUCCUUCUUCGCUCUUGGAUCUACCGAUGGAUCUGUUGCUAAUGAGAAUCAAGUUCAUAAUGAGAGGUUCUUCUGCACUGAGUAUGAGAGAUCCAAGGCUGUUGCUGAUAAGAUGGCUUUGAAUGCUGCUUCUGAAGGUGUGCCGAUAAUUUUGCUGUAUCCUGGUGUUAUUUUUGGUCCAGGCAAGCUCACUUCAGCCAAUAUGGUUGCUAGAAUGUUGAUCGAGCGCUUUAACGGGAGGUUGCCUGGAUAUAUUGGCUCUGGGACGGAUAGAUACUCCUUCAGCCAUGUUGAUGAUGUUGUGGAGGGUCAUGUUGCUGCAAUGGAAAAAGGUAGGCUUGGUGAAAGAUACUUACUCACUGGGGAAAAUGCUUCUUUCAAGCUUGUCUUUGACAUGGCUGCACUGAUUACUGGAACCAAAAAGCCAAACUUUAGCAUUCCAUUAUGGGCCAUCAACGCAUACGGAUGGUUAUCUGUUUUAAUCUCUCGGGUUACAGGAAAGCUUCCACUUAUCAGUCCUCCGUAUUUUGUGAUGAACAGACAGUGACAGUGCUGAGACAUCAGUGGUCAUACUCUUGUGAUAAGGCUAAGCUGGAACUUGGUUAUAACCCUCGAAGCCUAAAGGAAGGAUUGGAGGAGAUGCUCCCUUGGUUGAAGAGUCUGGGCGUCAUUCACUACUGAAAUUCAAAUUUCCCAUCUUUCAGGUAUUUCGAAGAAUAAUAUUCCCUUGAAUUCAGUCACUAUGAUGAGUGAUGACUACAUUUUUACUUCUCCCGUUACACUUUUAACCCAAUCGAUUUUUAUCUUGUUACAAAACUGCUUCGUUUUGAUCGUGUAUGUCAAAUAAAUGUGAAACAUUGUGUGCAAAUGCUGAUGAUCAUAUUUUAAGAUGUUGAGCUACGUGUGAGAGUAGGAAAGAGGGAAUAUGUAAAUGUGGGAAAUAAUCACAUUUUAUCUGCCAAGAACUAUAUGAUUACAUCUAUAACAUAUAUGAUCAG